AUGGCUUGCAUCGCCCCACCACCUGCCCGCUACCGCCGCGCGCUCCUCGUGAGCCUCGUCGUCUUCAUCGUCCUCACGAUCGCCCUCGGGUACACUCGACUACUGUCGCUCGACAACCUCCUCCCGACAGAUAUGCAUAUCCCUGUGCUCCGAAAACCCCGUGGACGCACUGGCGCCGACCGCCCCAUGUCCUACGGCGAGACCGCCCGCCCGGCGUUCAAGGACCUCCCCCACCCGCUGGCGACACUCGAUCCGGCCCUCGUGCCUGCUGCCGACAAUAACCGCCGUCUCAUCAUCAUCGGCGACGUCCACGGCAUGCUCGCUCCCCUGGACGCCCUCCUCAAGAAGCUGAAUCACAGCGCCGCGCCGGUGUCGAAGGGCCCCGAGAGCGCCGUCUACGACGACCACCUCGUCUUUCUCGGCGACAUGGUCAACAAGGGUCCCAACACACCGGGCGUCAUCGACCUCCUCCUCCGGCACAACGCCUCGGCCGUCCGCGGCAACCACGAGGACCGCGUGCUCCUGACGCGCGCCGACCGCGCCACGCCCCGCGUAGCCGACGAGUCCGCCGGCGGCGACGAGGGCCCCGCGGCGCCCGACAACCUCGAGCAGCAGCACGUCAUCUCCUCGAACCGCGGCAACAAGGCCGACCACGACACGCUGCGCUCCCUGUCGGCGGCGCACCUCGACUACCUCGCCUCGCUGCCCGCCAUCCUCGACCUGGGCCCGGUCCCCGGCUUCGCCGCCCGCCGCCUCGUCGCCGCCCACGCCGGCCUCGUCCCCGGCGUGGCCCCCGAGAAGCAGGAUCCCUGGGCCGCCAUGAACAUGCGCACCCUCACCUACCCGGCCGAGACGCUGCGCCGCGCCGACGCCCGCGAGACGCUCGUGCGCGCCGCCGCCGACGCCCUGCGCGCCUCGCCCGCCUACCGCACCCUCAAGGACAGCAGCAGGCUGCAGGACAAGAUCGAGACCGAGGCCCGCGCCGGCGUCACGGACGCCAUGGUCGAGGACGAGUUUGCGCGCACACGCAAGCCCGACGCCGACCGCCGCGUCGCCGUCCCGUCCGAGGCGCACGACGGCCACGCCUGGGCGCCCGUGUGGGAUGCCGCGCAGAAGAGGGCCGAGACCGACGAGGGCCGCAUCGCCGUCGUGUACGGCCACGACGCCAAGAGGGGGCUGCAUGUCGGGGAGUACGCGUUCGGCCUCGACUCGGGGUGCGUGCGCGGGGGCAAGCUGAGCGCGCUCGUCGUUGCGGCUCGCGAGGGCGGCCCGGUUGAGCACCAUGUUGUGCAGGUGGACUGCGAGAAGCCUGACAAGAGGCGCGAGCUGUAA